CAGGACAGUGUAGGGAGAAGACACAGGACAGAUGUAUAUUAGAGUUGAGAUUAGAUGUAGAAGUUACUGUAUUUUAUCAGCAGUGUGUUAAGAUGUCAGAGGGAGUCUAUGAAAUCCCAGAUGGAUUUAAUGACGAUGCAAUGAAGAACACAGACAUUGAUGGCCAAUUAUAUUCCAACCUAAGAGCCUUCAAGUCCAGUCCAAGAGAUGGAGUUGUUGCUUCAGUACCUGUGUCCACAGAGCCUGAUAGCUCAGGGAAGAGACCCUUCCUAGUUGCUGCAGUGUGUCUGGGGCUUCUGUGUGUUCUACUGGCUGGGAUCAUAGGCCUGUCUGUCUACUAUGAUGGGGUCUCUAAGAGCUUCUCAGCCUAUAAAACCAACUCAUCUGCAGAGAUAGAACAGCUACAGACCAGCAACAGCAACCUGACUAAAGAGAGAGACCAGAUACAGACCAGUUACAGCACCCUGACUAAAGAGAGAGACCAGAUACAGAUCAGUUACAGCACACUGACUAAAGAGAGAGACCAGCUACAGACCAGGUACAACACCCUGACUAAAGAGAGAGACCAGCUACAGACUGAGAGAUAUUUUCUUAACUGGAGGCUUAACAAUCUCAGCUGGCAGAAGUUUGAAUCCAGUUGGUACUUCCUGUCUACUGAGUCUAAAACCUGGAAGGAGAGCAGAAAGGACUGUCUGAAGAGAGGAGCAGACCUGGUGAUGAUAAACAGUGAUAAGGAACAGACUUUUCUCUUCAACCUCAAGAAGAGAGUCUGGAUUGGUCUGACUGACUCUGUUAAGGAGGGGACCUGGAAAUGGGUGGACGGCACCCCACUGACCACAAGGUACUGGAAUGACAAGCAGCCUGAUAGUAAAGAUCCUACUGGGGAGGAGGACUGUGUUGAGAUACAUACAGAUUGGACUCCACUUAAGGCAUGGAAUGACAUGUCAUGUGACAGGAAACUCAACUGGAUUUGUGAAAAAGUGUUUUAACAUCACCAUGACAACGUACUAUAACACAUACAGCAGUUUAUAGUGUACACAACUUUAUUCUUCAUUCUCUCUCUCUAUCUCUCUCUCUCUCACACACACACACACACACACACACACACACACACACACACACACACACACACACA